UUUUUUUUUUUUAUUUAAACCUUUUUAGGUUGUCUAAACAUCUGUGUAAAAUUGAUGGCUAUGUCGAAGGAUUGGUGGCAGAGAGGGACUACUCAAAUAGCAAGGGAGCUAUUGCAUUCAUCUUAUUGAAGUUCUUUUAUUACAAGCCAGAGGCUAAAAUCUAGCAUCAGGGUCCUUUUGGUUUUGAGAUACUACCAAGUGGUGUUUGUGAUGAUGGCUUUCAAAAUUUAUAUAAAUGAAACUUCCAAAAAAUUUUUUUAAAGCAUUUGUAGGAGGGAGGUCUAGAUAGAUGGGGGCAGGCAAAAAAGGCAGAAGGCUCUGCUUUUGUUUUAAUUUCCUUUUUUUUUUUCUUCUGGGAACUUAGCUGACUGAAGUGUCAGAAGUCUGGCUUUAACCUUUAAGUUCAGAUGAUAAGCAAUUGAUUCUUAGACUCCCUAAAUAGGUAAAAUAGGUGUGCUUUUUAAAGCAUUAUGGUUCUGAAAUUUCCCUCCUGUAUAUUAAUUUCUUAAUUCUUUGACUCUUGUGAUAUCAUUUUAAUCGAGCAGAGGAAUCAGAAAAUGACUGAGGAAUACCCAAAUUGCUCAUGUAAAAAAUCAAGGAGGGGAAAUGUUCCCUUUUUGUGAGUUAAAAAUUAACAAAAUCAAAUACUUCAGCCCACCACUGCAGCUUUAGUCUAGAAUCCUCAAAAGUAUUUUGGAUUCCUCCGUGAAAUUAGUAGAAUUAGGCAGCAAAGUAUCUUAGUGGAUCUGAUUUAAAGUGCCUAGUUAUGCCUUUAGUACCUUGAGGCAGAUGCCUAAAGAUUCUGUUUUGUACUUCGGUAAGGAAUUUGUUUGACUUCAGCAAUGAAAAUACUGAUAUUACUGAAAAUACAAAAAAUUGUUAUUGACUCUGUGAGUCUUAGCAUUUACCUAUACACUACGAGCCCCAUCAUCUCUUUCUUUUCUUUCGAGGUCAUGAAACGCGUACGCACAGAACAGAUUCAGAUGGCAGUGUCCUGCUACCUCAAGCGCCGUCAGUAUGUGGACUCCGAAGGUCCCCUAAAACAAGGGCUGAGGCUGUGUCAGACUGCUGAAGAGAUGGCAGCUAAUCUCACAGUCCAAUCUGAAUCUGGUUGUGCCAACGUUGUGUCUGCAGCUCCCUGCCUGGCAGAGCCACAGCAAUAUGAAGUACAAUUUGGACGAUUACGCAAUUUUCUCACAGAUUCAGAUUCUCAGCACAGCCAUGAAGUGAUGCCUCUUCUGUAUCCCCUCUUCGUCUACCUCCAUCUGAACAUGGUCCAGAAUGGCCUAAAAAGCACAGUGGACAGUUUUUACAGCCGCUUCCACGGCAUGUUCUUGCAGAACGCCAGCCAGAAGGAUAUCAUUGAGCAGUUGCAGACUACCAUGACUAUUCAAGAUAUCCUGUCCAACUUGAAGCUCCGGGCUUUUCUGGACAACAAGUAUGUCAUCCGCCUUCAAGAGGACAGCUACAACUACCUUCUUCGCUACCUCCAAAGUGACAACAACAACGCCCUGUGCAAAGUCCUGACCUUGCACAUUCACCUGGAUGUGCAGCCCGCCAAGAGGACCGACUACCAGCUCUACGCCGGUGGGAGCUCCUCGCGCAACGAGAGCAACGGCCUGGAACCCAGCGACGUGCCGGCCUCCAUUCUGCAGAACGAGGCGGCGCUGGAUUUACUGCAGGACAGCAUUAAACGUGUCAAGGACGGGCCCCCUUCCUUAACGACCAUCUGUUUCUAUGCCUUCUAUAACACGGAGCAGUUGCUGAACACUGCAGAGAUUUCACCAAAUAGCAAGCUGCUCGCUGCUGGGUUUGAUAAUUCGUGUGUGAAGCUGUGGAGUCUGCGUUCCAAGAAGUUAAAAUCUGAGCCCCACCUCGUUGAUGUGUCCCGCAUCCGCCUGGCUUGUGACAUCCUGGAUGAGGAGGAGGAAGAGGAUGACAGCGCAGGCACAGAAAUGAAGAUCCUGAGAGGACACUGUGGACCCGUGUAUAGCACAAGGUUCCUUUCAGACAGUUCGGGACUCUUAUCUUGUUCCGAGGACAUGUCCAUCAGAUACUGGGACCUCGGAAGUUUCACAAACACUGUGUUGUACCAAGGACAUGCCUACCCCGUCUGGGAUUUGGAUAUUAGCCCCUGCAGCCUCUACUUUGCCAGUGGUUCGCACGAUCGCACUGCAAGGCUCUGGUCCUUCGAUCGGACGUACCCGCUGCGAAUAUACGCGGGCCAUUUGGCGGACGUGGAUUGUGUCAAGUUCCACCCCAAUUCCAACUACUUGGCGACGGGCUCCACAGACAAAACCGUGCGCCUGUGGAGCACUCAGCAAGGCAACUCGGUGCGGCUUUUCACGGGGCACCGCGGCCCCGUGCUAGCGCUUGCCUUUUCUCCCAACGGUAAGUACCUGGCAUCAGCAGGUGAAGACCAGCGGCUAAAGCUGUGGGACUUGGCCUCAGGAACUCUUUACAAAGAACUGAGGGGGCACACGGACAACAUAACCAGCCUUACUUUUAGCCCCGACAGUAGUUUAAUUGCUUCGGCGUCGAUGGACAAUUCGGUCCGGGUCUGGGACAUUCGGAACACUUACUGCAACGCCCCUGCAGAUGGGUCUUCCAGUGAACUGGUUGGUGUAUAUACCGGGCAGAUGAAUAAUGUACUGAGUGUACAGUUUAUGGCCUGUAAUCUUCUUCUAGUGACUGGAAUUGCACAAGAAAACCAGGAACAUUAAUUAUAUAUAUAUUUUUUUUUCUUAGGGAAGUGGGUGGGUGUAUUGAAUGCCAGAGUCCAUUGCAAGCUGAGAUUACUGACUGUGAAACACUUUUCUUCCUCUGCCCCUUUGAAAGGCACAUUCAGAGCGAUGGAAAUGCUUUAAAAUGUCUUGCCCACAAAAAGGCCUGAACGGAAUAAGGAGGAGCGAUGAAAAUACAUGUACAUUCUAAUCUUGUACUUGUAAGGAUGGGGGAAAGGGGAGGAAACCCAGUAGCUUGGGGAAACCAAAAGCCUGGUCCAAACAAAUGAAACUGCCAACCAGAUAAGCUGCUGACCUGCACUUAAAUAUCCUGCAUUGAUUGAUGGGUUUGAUUGAUUGAUCUUACCUACUGUUAACUGAGGCUUGAGCGUGUGGAGAACUACUGGCCCAGUGUUUUUUGUUUUGUUUUGCUUUUUUUUUCCUGGUAUUGCAGAGGACCAGCAUUUUAAAACCCUUAUAUUAAAAGAACAUCACGUAUUUUCUACAGUGAUAGUGGUCCUAAAUAUUACAGCUCCCUGAGCACUUCUGGAAUAUUUUGGACUAGUUAAGUAGGAAAUACCAUCUUUCUUUUUAGUAAGGGGAUGGAAAUCUGACCUCAGUUGGGGCCCAUCUCUGCAUUGUCAUUUGGGUUUGCUUCCUGGUACUAUCUGUGAUGCUUGUAUUUAUGUUCCAUUAAUUAGGAAUCUUUCUGAGUCUGGUUGCACUGUGUUUUGAGGAUGGGAAGACAGUGGGGGUAGAGUGGUGGCUUUAAGGGUAGUAAACAACUUGCCUUGUCUGGAGGGAGGGCACAAUAGAACUGAAGCAGCUAAGUUUGGACUCCUAAUGGGAACGGGGCAUGUCAAUCCACCACUGCACCUCACAGAAAUAUUUCCGUAAAUGGAAGUUGGCAGUCGAGGGAGAGGGGAACAGGGAAAGAGAGACACACAAAGUGACAUGGAAAAAAAAAUAGUAUUACUAAAUUAUUGUGCGUACACGGAGGCAGCUCUGCCAGUGUUGGAUUUUUCUCAAAAUGUUGCAAUAUCAGUUUAACGAACACUUUGUGAGAUAAAUCAUCAGCAUUUACAACAAGGAUCUAUGGAAAAAGCACGUUCUAGUUUGUCAUUUGGAGAGAUUAAAUAUUUCUGCUUUCUGGAAAGAGUUAUUUUGUAUUUUGUUUUCUAUUAAAAGCAUUUAGUUUAAAAAAAAUAAAA